AUGGAAAUUCUCUUCCAGCUCCUUGUAUAUAAAAUUCUCUUCCAGCUCUUUGCUUAUGGAACUCUCUUCUCCUUGCUUAUGGAACUCUUCCAGCUCCUUGCUUAUGGAACUUUCCAGCUUCUUUUCUCCUUGGAAUUCUCUUCCAGCUCCUUGCAUAUGGAACUUGCUUAUGGAACUCUCUUCCAGCUCCUUGCUUAUGAAAUCUCUUCCAGCUCUUGGAACUCUCUUCCAGCUCCUUGCUUAUGGAACUCUCUUCCAGCCCUUGCUUAUGGAAUUCUCUUCCAGCUCCUUGCUUAUGAACUCUUCCAGCCCUUGCUUAUGGAACUCUCUUCCAGCUCUUUGCUUAUGGAACUCUUCCAGCUCCUUGCUUAUGGAAUUCUCCUCUUGCUUAUGGAACUCUCUUCCAGCUCCUUGUUUAUGGAAUUCUCUUCCAGCCUUAUGGAACUCUUUCCAGCUUUGCUUAUGGAACUUCUCUUCCAGCUCUUGGAACUCUCUUCCAGCUCCUUGUUUGCAUGGAACUCUCUUCCAGCUCCUUGCUUAAAUGGAACUCUUCCAGAACUUUGCUUAUGGAACUCUCUUCCAGCUCCUUGCUUAUGGAACUGCUCCUUGCUUAUGGAACUCUCCAGCUCCUUGCAUAUGGAACUUUCUCUUCCAGCUCCUUGCUUAUGGAACUCUAUCCUUGCUUAUGGAACUCUUCCAGCUCCUUGCUUAUGGAACUCUCUUCAGCUCCUUGCUUAUGGAACUUUCUUCCAGCUCCCUUGCUUAUGGAACUCUCUUCCAGCCUUGCUUAUGGAACUCUCUUCCAGCUCCCUUGCUUAUGGAACUCUUCCAGCUCCUUUGCUUAUGGAACUCUUCCAGCUUGCUUAUGGAAUUUCUCUUCCAGCUCCUUGUUUAUGGAACUCUUCCAGCUCUUUGCUUAUGGAACUCUCUUCCAGCUCUUUGCUUAUGGAACUCUCUUCCAGCUCUUGCUUAUGGAACUCUCUUCCAGCUCCUUGCUUAUGGAACUUCUCUUCCAGCUCUUGCUUAUGGAACUCUCUUCCAGCUCCUUGCUUAUGGAACUCUCUUCCAGCUUAUGAACUUGCUUAUGGAACUCUCUUCAGUUCCUUGCUUAUGGAAUUUCUCUUCCAGCUCCUUGCUUAUGGAAUUCUCUUCAGCUCCUUGCUUAUGGAACUCUCCAGCUCCUUGCUUAUGGAACUCUCUUCAGCUCCUUGCUUAUGGAACUUUCUCCUUCCAUGGAACUCCUUCCAGCUUUUAUGGAACUCUCUUCCAACUCUCUUCUCCUUGCCCCUUAAAUUCUCUUCCAACUCUUUGCUUGUGACUCUCUUCCAGCUCCUUUCUUAUGGAACUCUCUUCCUGCUCUUCUCUUUGCCUUGGAACUUUUCUUCUCCUUGCUUAUGGAACUCUCUUCAGGCUCCUUGCUUGGAAUUCUCUUCCAGCUCUUUGCUUAUGAACUCUCUUCCAGCUCACUUUUGUAGAUUCUCUUCCAGCUCCUUGCUUAUAAAAUUCUCUUCCAGCUCCUUGCUUAUGGA